CCGUCCUUUUGAAAAAAUACCUUAGAUUGUAUGAGAUUUUGAUCAAAACCUGACGCAAAUCCAAAUAAAGAAGACCUUACCCUAACAGCAUGGUAUCUUUUGGGUGUCCUGCAUAAUGCAACCCGACAGCUUAUCUAUUGAAGAUCUACCAAACGAGGUAUUUGAGCAAAUUAUCUCAAACUUGUGCGUCGAAGACCGCAAAUCCGCGUCCCUCGUCAGCCAGCGAUGGGCAAGGUUCGCCUUUUCGCGCAUCGCCCUAGGAGACGUCUUGCUGGAGUUGAAUUGCGCCCAACGCCGCCCGUAUGACUAUUGGCACGUGCUGCAGCACAGUGCACGGAACUAUCGCAACGUGGUGCUCAAGUUUGCGGAGGAUGAGGAGGGGCACCUUUUGAAAAUUUUGGACAAAUUUCAGUACAGCUUGGAGUAUGUCAGCAUUGAGCAAGAUCCGGACGCGAGGCUGUUGCACUCGGAAAUUUCUGUAAAUUAUUUAGUGCAGUUGUUGUCCAUCCUUGAAGGUAUUCGAGAGCUCAAGGUUAAGACGGUACUGGAGAUAUCCGACAAUGUCUCGCCGGAUGUCGAUUUUCCACAAUUGCCAAACUUGAAGUGUUUGAGUUUGGGAACCAAUUGCCUAGACAGCAGUGUGAUCGACUGGAGUGUAAUCGCUCCAAACAUCAGAAACAUUGUAGUUCCACUGGAAGAUAACAGGACAGAGAUCCCUGCAGCUAUCGCCAAAUUCAGUGGUCAACUGCGAGUACUAUCCGUCGAUGCACGGUUCGUCGAGCGUGACCAGCUGACGUUUUGCCAGGAACAAUUUCCUUCGCUGGAAACAUUUCGCUUGCUCUACCCGAUCUACAAUCCAGCUUCAUCUAACGAAGUUGUAAGCCUCAUUCAGCAGUGUACCAACCUUACAGAAAUUAGCUUUUUCAACAACAUCAUUACGGCUGACCUAAUUGGCACGUUGACCCAGUGCCUUCAGCUGAAGAUCGUGAACAUCGACGCCAACCAGGUUCCUCCAACGAUAUUUUCCAGGCUUUCGAAGCUGCCUCGUCUGAGCCAGCUAAUUCUACACAAAAUGGAAGUCCAACCCGCAAUGCUGACGUCGUUCAAGUGCUUUCCCGAGCUGCGCCAGCUGACGUGUCUUUCGAUUCGAAUCAGCUCUCCGGAUGCCUUUUUCUGCCAGGUUCAGAAAAAGAUGCCCAAGCUGGUCGUGCUGGAACUGCUGGAUCGAUUCCGUUUCGGGUUGAACAAUUUCAACAGCACUGGCGUUGUUUCAGCGAUCUGUGAGAACUUGAGAUUCCUGCAGCGAUUGAGUUUAGUUGAUUGGGCCAUUUGGGAUGUAUCUACGUUUGAUAAACUCUACAGGCUGGAUCAUCUAACCGAACUACGACUCAAGUGCAUUGGAAUAAAUGCCAACGGAGAACUUAAGCCUUGCAAAUCGAUUAAAAAGCUUGUCCUGGACAUAGACUCGUUUAACCCUCCCGAUGUCAUCUUUCCGGUCAGCCGAACUCCGCUGUCGGAACUAAUCUCCACCAGCUUGCCUGCGCUGGGCUCGAUCGAACUACCGCGCCGCUUGCUGGACAGAACAAAGCGCUCCGAGCAGGAGAUUGCCACCCUCCGAACCCUACUGCCCAGCUGUGCCUUCUACCGGAAGACGCGCCUCAAGAUGGCAGACCGCGAUUACGCUUCGCUCUUGUAAUGUGGCAAUUUACCUGUUUAUAAUAAAGGUUUUCGAGUUUUAUACAAGUUUAAACAUUGUUAUUGUAUUUUUUGUUGUUGUAAAAAGUCAGGUUCAAGAAUCGAUAUUAA